CAGUCACACACACACAUGUUUAUCCAGAUUAAUAACUCUACUGCUAUACAUGUUCCUCACAGGGCUUGUAUGCAGGGAGAGAAAGAUGCAAGCUAUGCGACGACGGGUGCAGACUGCAGACAGCUCGAUCGUAUGCAGCUUGGGUGAAGGAAGAUAGAUGUCGAGAAUAAUUGUUUCUAUCAACAAGUUACACAUCUAUAUCAUUCCGGAGGCAUUCUUCGAAAAAAAAAUCAUUCAGGAGGUCAAAGAUCUCGGCCUAAGACAUGAUAUAUCCUUAUUAUGAUCAGCGGAAGUAAUCGGCUACACCUACGUACGACGAUUAGCAGCAGCGAUGAUCCCUUCGAGCUGGUGUGGGGACAGGGAGGAGGAGCCGGCGCGCCGGGGUCGACGACGACGAUGCAGCCGGCGGCCGAAUCCUGCCGCCUCUGGUCGCCGCCGCCUGAGGUGCCGUUCGACCCGCCGUCGGAGGACGAGAUGGCGGCGUGGCUCUGCGCGAUUGUCAAAGGAGAGGAGCUUGUUGCCUUCAACGCCGCUGGCCGGGAUGUGCCGCCGGUACCGAAGAGGUCGAGCGGCUCGUCGACAACGACGACGUCGGGCACGAAAGAAAAGCUUCCCAAGACGGAAGUGAUGGGAACCAAGCAGGAGAUAAGAAAGCCGCCAGCAGUAAGAGAAUCUUCGAGGUCUCACCAUGGAGAAGCACACAAGCUGACAGAGAAGAGACGAAGGCACAAGAUAAACGAGAGGCUCAGGACCCUGCAGCAACUCGUCCCAGGAUGCGACAAGUCCAACCAGGCCUCGACGCUGGACCAGACCAUCCAGUACAUGAAAUCACUGCAGCACCAUGUCCAAGAGAUGUCCGGCGUCGGCCCUGCCCGUCCGGCGGCGGUCCCUGUCGUGCCGCCGCAGUACGCGCCUCCGAUGGCGCCAGUCGCCGUGCCGACGAUGAUGCCAGCAGCUCCGAUGGUCCUCGCCCCUGUUCCGACGACGAUGGUUCCCUUCGGGGCCAUGGUUCAGCUGCCCCACUACCCUGCUGCGGUUGUGCCGGUGAUGAUGCCUGCAGCCGCGGCGCACCUCUAUCCGGCGGCGGCGCCGGUGAGGGCGGCGGUAGCACCUGGAAGUGCCGAGUCGUCUGUCACCCGUCGACAUGGCUCAAGCAGAAGCAAAGGAAAGUGCGGUAGCAGCCUGCGCAAGAAACACUGAAUUUGACCGGCCGCCAGCAGGUUUUUAUUGGAGGCAGGAAUUUCACAGAAUUUGGACAGGACUAAUUUCUUAUUGGAAUGGGAAGAGAAUCCCUGGUUAUUGGAUAUUUGAGACCAACCAAGAGCCUUCGCGCUGUUCACUGUUCCUUGUGUUUGCUAGAUGAAGUGGUUCUAUUGCAGUAUUGCUGUCAGCAGACUGCAGGAGGUCUUUACGGUAAUUAGUUUGGAUUAGAUUGUUAUACAGUUCAAAUGUACGUACGGCAAAAUAAAAGAGAGAUUGGAUUUAUCUUUUUUUUUUAUGGAUGCACUGGAUUAGCAUGCCUAGCUAGCUACAUGCCUACAUGGGACAUAGGAGUAACACACGUAGUAUGUUCACUGAGAGCGACUCAGAUUCUUGUCAUCACAU